AUGGUGAAGAUCAGGUGCGCGGUCGUUGGCAAAGCGCCAAGCGACAUGUUCUCUGUGGAAAUGAACCCAGAUCAACAAGUGAAUGACUUAAAGGGCGCAGUCAAAGAUGAACCCUCAGCAAUGAUCACAUGUAAUUCAUGGAGCCUACAGCUUGUCCUGGCGAAGAAGGACGGGAGGUGGCUGACAGAAAACUAUGUGCUGGACGGCAAGUGGGACACCGAUGAUAGAACGGUUUGCGUGUAUGAGAAGCGAAACUCGCUGAUACUGGUUUGUCAGAGGAUGAAGUGCGAGUCCAACUCGACGAUCAGGAGUUUGCUGAUGGAUACGGCUCUGCGCACGUGCUGGUGA